AUGCCGCCCGUAGAGAGGGACGCCCCGCGCGACCUUGACAGGCCUCUAAGACACCAACAUUCCGGGUCUGUCGACCACGGCCGCUCCCUGGUGCCCAUGUGGGACAGCUCCGACCCCGAGCGGGCUCCUCCCCCGCUCCCGCUGAACCCGCAGUCGCCCGGCGUCUCGCGCGCCGGGACGUCGACGGCUAUCCAGUCGGCCCAUGCCGCCAUGGCUGAGAAGGCGCGUGAGACGGCAUUGGUGCCGCAUCUGGCCAAGCGCAUCGACACUUCGCCAGAACGGCCGGCGCUGCGGCCCAAUUCGCAUCGCCGCAUGCAGUCGCUACAACCUGCGUCAGUCAAGGACAUCAGCUUGAUGAUAGAGUCUGGCGCUCGCGAUUCGGCCCAGUCGUCGCCGAGAUCGCCGGAGAAGACGGAGAGGCCGAAGACCCCCCAGAGGAGGGACACCUUCAUGAGCGAGCCAAGGGAAGACAAGCAGGAACGGUCUUCCGUUGGAACCACUCCGACUCCAGGACCAAGCCUGACUCCUAUCAUCCGCCCGACUGUGCGGCGACCGCAUCAGAGCAUUUUGGGCGAGAACACGCCGCCCCAAUCGGCAACAAUGCUUGCUCUCCAGAACAUGAGCACGCAGAGCAACAAUAGCACCCCCUCUAAGGAGCCCGAGACUCCUCUAGCCAACAUCACUAAUGGCUCUAAGGCGAUGGUCAGGGUUCCUCAGUCACUCGAAUCGCUGUCCAACCAGAUCCUCACCCUGACCGACAUCGCAACCACUCUGCAGAAGGAGAUGUCGCUACUCAGCCGCCGCAGCCGAGACAAUGCCACCGAUCUGCUGAGCCUGAAGGAAGCCACUAAUGCUCGGGAUGAAGACAUCCGGCGGAGUCUGAGGGAACUGAUCUCGGACGCAAAAGCGCGAUCGGCAUCGAGAGACCCAUAUGGCGGGCCUCUGCUUCUGGAAGGGGGCAAGCAUCAUCCCUCAUCCCCGACACAGCUGGCCAAGCCUCGGCCAUUCUCGCUGCCGCGGAUACCUUCCCCCAACAGCUUUGCCACCUCUCUCGACAGCGAGUCCCUGCUGAGCGCAGCACCUUCUCUCGUCUCCGACGCACCCUCGCCCGCUACCGUUGCUCUCCUUGAAAAGAUCAUCCGGGAGAUGGGCACCAAGGAAGGCCAGGACACGCUGCUCAACCGGCUCACAGAGCUGGCCAACAAGCUUUCCGGCAUGGCUACGGCCGAGAAGGUCGAGGAGCUUGCCCGUUUCGUCAAGUCGAAUCAGCAACAUGCUGUCGUGCCUGCUGCGGGAGGCGGUGGCAGAGGGGGCGGCGGCGGCAUGAUGCGGGACCGCAACUGGAGCUUUGGCGACGAUGACGAUGACCAGUCGCGUCAAGGGGCGCUCGACUUCCUUCAUGCCGCAGCCGGCAUGCCCCAAUCCUCCAGGUCGCUCCCGUCGACAUCCGGCGCCAGCUCUGCCGAUGUCCUCAACGACGAAGUCAUGAAAGCCAUCCGCGCCGUCAAGGACAGCGUCGCACAAGGCGGCGGUCUGACCGCCGAAGUCAAGGCACUCGUCCGGGAGCUCCGCGGCGAGGUCCUCGGGAUGGGACGCGAGAUCGGGCGGCGGCUGGACGACGUCGCUGAAAGAAACGUCGGCAAGUCCGAGGAUGUUACCAAAGCCGAGAUGACCAAGGUUAUCGAGGAGGGGCUGUCCGAGAUGAGCCAGCAGAUGAGCAACCUUCUCCGGGAACACCGUCGCCAGUCGACGGCUUCCCUCUCCUCCCGUGAAUCCUCGAUCGACUACAAGGAGAUCUACAACAGCGUGCGCGCCGCGCUCAAGGACACCCAGGCCAGCAAGCCGCGCACGCCUGAGCUCCGCCGGGAAGACGUCAUGCAGGCGGUCAAGGAUGCGUGGGAGAAGUACAAGCCCGAGAUCGAGAUCCAGCAGAUUGGCCUGGAGCGCGACGAGGUCCUCGCCUGCCUGCAGGAGGGUCUCCGCGCCUACGCCCCUCGCGACGACCGGCCUCCCGGCGCCACCCGGGACGAGGUGUUCCAUGCUGUGAUCGAAGGCAUGAAGCACUACGUCCCUCCCAAGGUGGAAAUCCCGGCAACGCUAUCGCGGGACGAGGUCCUCGAAGCAGUUAGAGAGUGCUUGGAGGAGUUCGAGUUCCCCGUCGCGCCGUCCGCCAUGGGCGCCGCCCGAGAGGACAUGCUGGAUGCCGUUAAGGAGGGCCUUCGGUCCUUUGAGUUCCCUGCGCCCCCCGCUCCGGCCCCGCCUGCACCGAGCAGCGACCUCACCAGGGACGACGUGCUCGACGCGGUCAACGAGGGCCUGCAGUCCUUCGACUUCUCGUCCAUCUACUCCUCCGCCCUGAUACCCCAGUCUGUGUCCAAGGGGGACGUUUCCGAUGCCGUGAAAUCGGGGCUCAAGUCGCUUGAUCUGUCACCGGAGAUGCUGGAUGCGGUGAAGGAGGGGCUUGAUUCGUUCGACUUCGCAGCGCACGUGCUACAUGCAGUCAAGCAAGGGCUGCAGUCGUUCGACUUCACCGCCGUAAUCCCACGGCCCGAUCUCUCCCGCGUGGAUGUGGCUGAUGCGGUCAAGGAAGGCAUGGAGUGCCUCGAUGUCACCGACAGCGUCACGGCCGCGGUCAAGAAGGCCCUCGAGGACUUCGACUUUGCUGCUCCGGCCUACUCUUCUGCCCUCGUCCCGCACGCGGACUCGGGCGUGGACGUUGGCGGCGAUGUCACCGAUGCCGUCAAGAAGGGCUUCGAGUCGGUUGACCUUGCCAAGGAUGUCACGGAAGCGGUCAAGAAGGCGCUGGAAGCCUUUGACUUUGCCUCGCUCUCUUCCGCCGUUGCGGCCAAGCCGGACUUGUCUCGUGUGGACGUGGUCGAUGCCGUCAAAGAGGCGCUUGACACGGCGAACGUUGCUGACGAUGUCGUGGGUGCCGUGAAGAGCGUUCUAGAGGCCUCUGAGUUGGCUUCCCUGUCUUCGGCCAUUGUCGCCCGGUCGGAUCUCUCCCGCGUUGACGUGAUCGACGCCGUCAAGGAGGGUCUCGGGUCCGUGGACCUGUCUGCUGGGUUGGGCGACGUCGUGAAGAAGGAGCUCCAGGCGUUCGACUUCUCCACAGCCGCCCAGUCCACCGCCCUGAUCGCGCAGACUGGUGACAAUGACGAGGUCAUGCAACGCCUGCACGAAAUCAAGGAGUUUCUGCAAGCUGAGAUCAAGGCGGCCUCGGAGGAGGCCAAGGAGACUAUCGCGGCGAACGCCCGGGACACGGAGCAGAUUCUCGACGCAACCAAGGACGGAUUUGAGAAGCUACGCCAGGACAUUGAGGGCUAUGUCGACCGCGCAAAGGGCGACACCGACCCGGAGCAGGCCGUAGAUCAGCUCAUCAGCACCCUCGACGGCUUCCGUGAUGAGAUCGCCGAGCUUGUGAACCGGUCCUCCGACAGCUCUCGAUCGAUGCUGAAAGAGGAAAUCGAGUCUCUCCGGGAUGCGGUGAACUCUUCGCUGAUUCCGGCGCUCCCUCAGCCCGGCAACAACAAGGAGGUUCUCGAGGCUUUGCACGACGGGAUCCAUUGCCUCCGGUCGGAGAUCAGCACCCGGCCGAUUGCUGGUCUUACCGAGAUCCUGGAUGCGUUGCAAGAAGGUCUGGGCGACAUCCGAACGAGCAUCAACAAUCUCCGGGAUAAGCCCGCAGAUUUAACGGCUAAUGACGAGAUCCUCGACGCCCUCAAGGAAGGUUUGGGCAGCGUGAGAACUGAUAUCGACAGCCUCCGCGAGGAAACCAAGAAUGACCGGGCUCUGACUACCAUUGGCGACAACGCGAAUGCCUUGGUGCCCGCUGAGCAGAUGCUUAAGCAUGACGACAUCAAGAACCUGGAAGUGUUGAUCGCCCAGCUCGGUGUCAAGGUGGAAGCGCUGGAAUCGGCGCCGAAGCCCGAUGUGAACCCCCUGUCCAAGUCUGACUUGGCCGACAUGGAGGAGACACUCCGCAAUGUCGCCGAAUCCGUCGCGGGAAUGCCGAACCGGGCGCCAUUCGAAGCUCUGGAGGAGAGCAUCCGGAAGAUUCAGGAGACCGUGACCGAGCUGUCAGCCCGGGAACAAGCAGCACCUCCGGCGGCUGCGCCCGCCAGCACCGACCCUGCCUCGAGAGAAGACGUCGAGGCCAUCGAGACCAUCCUGCGCAACACCAAGGCGCGUCUGGACGAUCUCAUGGAUGGGGAACAAGCUGUCCGCAAGGACCACAUCGACAGUCUGGGGACCAUCAUGCUCGAGGCGCGGGACACUCUGACGGGCAUGUCCUCGAACCUGGACGGCAUCUCGCGCAAGGAACACAUCGACGCGCUGGAGACGUUGCUUGCCGAGACCCGCGACGGGCUCGGCGGCCUGGCGGGACAGGUGGACACGCUCUCGCGCAAGGAGGAUGUCGCCAUGGUCGAGUCGCUCGUCACCCAGGUUGUGGCCGCCUUCGACGAGAUGAAGGAGCGCCACGAGAAGGCGCUCGACGAUCCCGAAAGGAUCACCAAGACGGAUGUCGAGGCCGUCGAGGCAGUCUGUCUCGAUACGAAGUCGCUCAUUGAGCACAUCCAGAGGGUCGACCUUGCCAGCGUCCCCUCGAAGCAGGAUAUCGAAGCGCUGGAGACCCGUUUCGGCGAGCUCAAGGAGCGCUUCGAUGCGCACGCCGACGCGAGUGCCAAGGCAUUUGAGGACCGCCAGGCCGAGACCGUCGGCGUGGGCGUGCGGGUGACCGAGGUGAAGACGGUGCUGGAGGAGUUCCAGGCGCUCAUGCGGUCGAAGCUUGAGGACGGCGCACGCGGUAUCGAUUCUAUUCAUAGCAUUCUCGACACGCUGGGCGAGAGCGUCCGCAAGAACGAGAAGGUCGGCGAUGUUGUCCAGGAGGUCCUCGACACGGUGAAGUUGGAGUCGGAGGAUGCGAAGACCGGCAUGGUGGGCGUCAAGAUCGAGCUCGAGGAGAAGCUGCAAGGCGCUGCCGAUGUCCUUCUUACUAAGAUUGAUGAGCGCAUGGGCGAACUGAUCACCAAGUACGAAGAGCUCCAGCUUCUGCAGGACGACCGCGCCACAAAGGGCGAGGCGAGAGACGCGGAGAUCGAGGCCGCGGUCAACGGGACCAAGGCGAUUGCAGAGGAGCUCAAGUCUCUUGUCGACACCCUCGGCACGGCUGUCACCGACUCCAUGGAGAAGAUGGAGGAGGCGUCCAAGACGGUCUUCGUGCGCGUCGAGGAUCUGGUUGCCAAGUCGGACGAGCACCACGCGGACGGCAAGGCCGAGCACCAGCUCACGAGAGAGCAGGUGCAGGAGGCCAUUGGCAAGGUGGAGGGCCUUCGGUGCCAGGUCUCGGAGUACCAGCCCAAGAUCCUCGAAACGGUGCAGGAGGUCAUGGUGGCCCUCGCACAGAACUACGAGAAGCUCGAGACGUCGACCACGGCGAUCAAGGAGCAAGUCGAGCAGCUGCCUCCUCCGCCGGAGAAGUACGACGACGCCGCAGUCAUCGAGAAGCUCGAUGCGCUUGUUAGCCACACGCAGGUGGCUGACAAGGCGUUUGCGCACCUCGAGACGCUCGACCAGGUCCACGCCCAAGUCAGAGCCACGGCAGCGGAACUGGCCGCUUUUCUCGCCGCCCAGACCCAGCGCAUCGCCGACGAGCACGAGGACCGGGAGAAGACUCUCCAGGAGACCGUCAUUGCGCUCGAGCGCCGCCGCGAAGAGAAGGAGCAGGUCGAGGCCCAACUCGCGAGCCUGAGGGAAGAGGAGGCGCGCCUGAAGGAGAGCAUCACCGUCACCCUCCCCGAGGAGCAGAGCAAGAUCACGGAGCAGUUCCUUGUAAACCUGCAGACCGAGGAGGCUAGGCUCAAUGAGGCGAUUGCUAAGCUCUUAGAGGAACAGGCGCAGCUCAAGGAGAUGUUCCUUGCGAACCUUAAGGAGGAGCAGGUCCCACGUAUCAUGGAGACGAACGUUACCCUGAAGGAGGAACAGGAUCAGAUGAAGGAGAGCUUCCUCGCCAACCUCAAGGAGGAGCAGGCACGCCUCAUGGAGACCAAUGUCGCGCUCAAAGAGGAGCAAGACAAGUUGAAGGAGGCCUUCCUCGCCAACCUCCGUGAGGAAGAGACCAGGCUGAAGGAGAUGAACGAUGCUCUCCGCAACGAACAGCAGGCUCUCAAGGACACGUUCUUGGCCAACCUCCGCGAGGAGGAGUCACUCCUAAAGGAGGCCAACGCCGGCCUCCGAGAGGAGCAUGAGCGCCUCAAGGAGACCUUCCUGGCCAACUUCAAGGAGGAAGAGGCGCGGCUCCGCGCAGCCAACGAAGCGCUGAGGCAGGAACAGGAGCAAAUGAAGGCCACCCUCAAGGAGGAGCAAGAGCGCUUCAAGAUCGAGCUCCUGGCCAACCUCAUGGAAGAGGAGGCGCGCCUGAAGGACGCCAACGCUGCCCUACACGAAGAGCAGGAGCAGCUGCGCGCCGAGUUCCUGGCCACGCUGCGCGAGGAAGAGUCGCGGCUCAAGGGCACCCUCCAGUCCAUGCGCGCCGAGCAGGAGAACCUCCACCGCCAGAAGGCCCGCCUCACCGCCGACCUCUCCUCGCUCGACACCGCCCUGCGCCUCCGCCGCGAGGAGCUCCACGACAUGGAGGCUCGCGCCGAGAGCCUCGAGCGCCGCAUCCUGGAGGGUGUCAUGGACCACUCGCGCGUGCUGCUCAUGGCCAAGACGAACCGCGCCGCUGCUUUUGCCAAUGGUCGUGGUGACCCCAUGAGCCGCAAGCGGGUGCCCUCCUCUACCUCUUCGUCUUCCGCUCGAGGUCCUGCUCCCGCUGGGGAUAACGAGAAUGUGAAGCCGCGCAGCGCAAUCAACCUGGCCAUGUCGGCGCGGAGCAAGGCGAAUAACACCCCGAACGGGACCCCUUCGUCGUCCAAUCGGCGGAUCCUCUCCCUGAGCCAGAUCACCAACAACAUACCCUCGGGCGGCAUCAAGAGAAGCCAGAGCGUCAGGACCGCUGCUGGUGGCGCUGCCGCGGCUGCUAGGGGUGUGAGGAAGGCUAGCUGGGUACCUCAGGGUGUUGCCCCGCCUGCUGCGGCUGCUGGGAAGGGAUAUGGAGACCUGGGAAUGACAAUGGCAUCUUCUGGUGGUGAGGACAAGGAGAAUAUGAAUAUGAGCAUGGGCAUGGAUCAUCUGCGGGAGGGGGAUGAGGAUGCUUAUAAUAACGAGCGCGAGGAGGUCGAUGGGGUGGAGAAGGUGGAUAUCGUCGUCUCCGAGCCAGCCGCCCCUCCGGCCGCAGGGAAUGAGCAGCAUCUCCCCGAAGCCGGAGAAGAAGAAGAAGGAGCGCUCGCGGGCGGUGUUGGCGACGGCGACGAGGAUGGUGAAGAAGAAGACCGUUUCAGCGACCUGGGUGAUGUCGACCACAGAGGAGAGGAGGAGGAAGACGUCAGGAGUCUCAGAAGGUCGAGUCAUGGCACGACCGUGAUUACGCCCGCCGAGGAGGAAGAGGCUGCUGAGCAUCAUGAGGAGGAGGAGGAGGAGGAGGAGUGGUCGGAACACGAGGGCGCGGAUGAUCACCAUCACCAUGACGAUAUUGACGACGAUGCCGCCAGUGACUGGACGGAGGGUGAGGUUGUUGUUGGCAGGGAGAGUGAUGUGGAUGGUCACGGUGUGACUAAAGAGGCUGAGGGUGCCGCCGUGCCUGUUGCUGCGGCGAGUUAA